AUGCGAAAUGAUUGCAAAAUUGUCUGUUUUGAGGCUACAUAUUUCAUCAGCAAAGCACAGAAAAGCAAUAGAGCCAAUGAAGAGUCAAAAAAAAUUUACUUCCCUAAAGUAAAAAAAGAUCUGAAUACCCAGAAUGCAGAAUCUUCGCUGGCUUUGUUUGUUUGCGAGCACUGUGCAAUUAUGGCUGUAGAUCAUUUAUCGGAACUAUGCAAAUACCGAUUUGUCGACAGCAAAUACAGCGACAUCAAGUUACAUCGAACCAAAUGCACGAAUAUUAUUAAAAAUGUUUUGGCACCACACUUCAUUCAAGAAAUUGUGACAGAUUUAGGAGAUCAGGAGUACAGUCUCUUAAUCGAUGAAUCGACAGAUAUAUUGGUACUUAAAAUGCUUGGUGUUUCGAUAAGAUAUUUCAGCCGAUCAUUAAAAAAGAUAAUUUCCACAUUCUUGGGAUUAGUUGAGAUUGAAGACGGAACUGCAGUCAGCAUAGUGAACGGCAUUAAAGGAUUGUUGGCAGAAAUAAAAAUAAAUUUAAAGAAAUUGAUCGGUAUCGGCACGGAUAACGCUUCGGUCAUGACAGGAACUAACAGUGGAGUGCACGCAUUGUUGAAAAAUGCAACUGGUAAUGACAAUUUAGUGUUAGUCCGCUGCGUGUGUCAUUCGUUACAGUUGGCUAUGUCUCAUGCUUCAGCAGAAACCCUACCAAGAAAUGUUGAAUUUCUUAUAAGAGAAACCUAUAACUGGUUUAGCCAUUCAUCAAACCGAAGACUCUUUUACAAAAACAUGUUUCAAACGAUCAACGGUGGCUCCGUUCCAUUGACAAUUCCACAGAUGUGCAAUACCCGAUGGAUAUCAAUUGAACCAGCGGUCUGCCGUAUUCUUGAUCAAUGGAUAGAAUUAAAAACCCUGUUUGAAAUUGCCAGGCGAGAUGAACACUGCUAUACGGCAGAAAUACUAUAUAACAUGUAUAAUGAUCCACAGAAUCAUUUGUACUUAUUAUACAUAAGACCUAUCUUACAGGAAGUUCAAGUGGUAAACAAGUUGUUUGAAAGUAACGAUGUUGACCCAACAAGAUUGUACAAUGAUUUGAUUGGCUUAGUGGAAUCGAUAGGUCGGCGUAUUCUGAACCCAACGGCAAGGGUAGAUAUUUUAACAGAAGACAUAGAAAGCUAUUUAGAUCCGAAACCAUACAUGGGAUAUGCUUUUGAGACCAAAUUACUUGAAUACAAUCUUCAGCCUAAUGCAGCAAACUAUUUACGCCAACGUUGUAAUAAUUUCACACUGAAACUUGUGACAGAACUACGUUCGAGAUUACCGGUUAAUUUUAAAAUACUUCAGAAGAUAUCCAUGUUUUCAGUUCAAGAGACUUUAAAAGUAGUUAAGCCAUCCAUUGUCGAAAUAGCCCAAGAGUUCCGAGUUAAUGCACCUAUGAUUGAAAAACUGGUAUCUCAAUGGAGAAAUAUAGUUCACAUUAAAUGGGAAUCCUUGACUUCCACAGUAAAGUUCUGGAAUGAAGUCAUGCAAUAUAAAGAUGCAGCUGAUAAUAACCCCUUUGCAGAGUUAUGUGAGUUUGCAAUGUCUCUUAUAUCAUUGCCACAUUCAAAUGCGGACGUUGAACGUGUAUUCAGCCAAAUGAGUCUGCCUUCUUAUAACUUAGAAAAUAGCGGAGAACAAAUAGCGGAUCUUUUACAAAAUGAGAACUUCGAUAGCGAAAUCGAGGACAACUUGGAAGUCGAUCCUUAUGACUCUGAAGAUAGCGCAGCAGAUCCUUAUUUCGUGCUAUUUCGACUGGAAGAAGACCUACAAAAUACUUUAGUAGAUGAUUCUGAACCCCCAAACAUUUAUAAACCAUAUCAAGCCACUAGAAAUGCGUCAGAUUCAUUAGUUCCUGCGUCACAAGAAGAACAAACAGCAGAAAAUCUUAUUAUUUUGCCUUCUGCGUCGACUGUGAGAGAUAUGAUGGAUGAAAUUCUCCUACGCACUAAUGAAGAUAUUUUAGUCAAAGCCAGCAAAUAUAAACAGCAAAGUUCGACCAUAUCACUGACAAGAAUAGAAGAACUUCAUGCACUGCUUGGUCUUAUAAUUUUCAGUGGUGCUAUGGGUAAUAACGAUUUACCGACCAGAUAG